UGGAAAACGUCUAAACGGAAACGUCUAGGGUUUUCUCCAUAGCAAGCUAAAGCUACAUUGUGCACUAUUGUUGUUUAGCAAUAGUAAAUAUAUUAGCUACCGAUAUAAUUUCUAACAAGGUUUGAAGUUAGAUAGUUACGUUGUAUCAUUAGACUCGCAUCUGUUAUUUUCACUUUUAACGUGCUCUUGCUGCAAGCAACGUUUUAGCCUGCUAGCUAGGUAGCUAGAAUGACAAGUAGGAUAGACUACAGCGUGUGGGACCACAUUGAGGUUUCAGAUGAUGAAGAUGACACCCAUCCAAACAUCGAUACACCCAGCCUUUUCAAAUGGAGACAUGAGGCGCGUGUGGAACGAAUGGACCAGUUCAUAAAGGCUGGUGAGGACCUGGAGAAGGGGCUAGCUGAAUCUAAGCGCAAGUUGACUGAAGCACAGAAGAAGACAAAGAAUCUGUCCAGUUCAGUCACGGACGAUGCCAAAGCCGAGCUGAGCAAGGCACAGGCCGAGGAGAAGAGGCUGAAGAAGGAGGAGCGAGACUGGGAGAAGAAACUGGAGGACCACCGGCGGGAAGAGAAGAAGAUGCCAUGGAACGUAGACACACUCUGCAAGGAGGGCUUCAGCAAGAGUGUUAUGAAUGUUAAGCCAGAUGUGAAGGAGGAGACCGAGGAGCAGAAAGAGCAGAAACACAAGACCUUUGUGGAGAAGUAUGAGAAAGAGAUCAAACACUUUGGUAUGAUGAAACGCUGGGACGACAGCCAGAAGUACCUAUCAGACAACCCUCACCUGGUGUGUGAGGAGACGGCCAACUACCUAGUCAUCAUGUGCAUUGACCUGGAGGUGGAGGAGAAGAAAGCGCUGAUGGAGCAGGUGGCCCACCAGACCAUAGUGAUGCAGUUCAUCCUGGAGCUGGCUAAGAGCCUUAAGGUGGAUCCCCGCGGUUGCUUCCGUCAGUUCUUCGACAAGAUAAAGACUGCAGAUCAGCAGUAUCAGGAUGCCUUCAAUGAUGAGCUGGAGUCCUUUAAGCAGAGGGUGCGCGGCAGGGCCAAGAUCCGCAUCGAGAGGGCCAUGAAGGAGUACGAAGAGGAGGAGAGACAGAAACGCCUGGGGCCCGGAGGACUGGAUCCUGCCGAGGUGUAUGAGUCCUUACCUGAGGAGAUGCAGAAAUGUUUUGACGAGAAGGACAUUGCCAUGUUGCAGACUGUCAUCACUAAGCUGGACCCAACGGAGGCUAAGGUCCACAUGAAGAGAUGCAUUGACUCUGGCCUCUGGGUCCCUAACUCACGGGCAGACGAGGGAGACGACAAGGAGGAAGAGGCUACUUAUGAAGAGCUGAAUAAGGAGAUGGGCGAACAGAAGAUAGAAUGAUUGACAUGAAUUGACUUUACGAUGAUGAUAUUUUCAUCUAUGUAGUCAUCACUUCUAUUGCUACUCCCAAUGUUUUUUCAUGAAUUUCUCCUUAACGCUUUGGAACAAUGUAACCUCUCUGUGGUGAUGUCCACUCUUUGUGGACAACAAUAUCACACCAAUAUCACUUGCUGAAUGCUCUUCUUUUUUUAAACAAUUCUUGCUUGGGCCUUAUUAGUAAAGCUGUAUUCUUAAACGUG